AUGGGAACUGAUGAUUUUUCAUUUCCAAAGUUGCUUCUUGCAUACCUCAUAUGCUCCACUACAUUUUUGUUCUUUGCAACUUUUGGACAGUCAGCCACAGCCACAGCCAAGCUUCACAGUCAGGAAGUGAAUGCAUUGAAGGAGAUAGGGAAAAAGCUGGGGAAGAAAGACUGGGAUUUUAGGAAAGAUCCAUGUACAGGAGAAGGGAAUUGGAAUGGGUCGAUUGAAGGGAGGAGGAAAGGCUUUGAGAGCUCUGUCACAUGUGACUGCACCUUCAACCACAAUUCCUCUUGCCACGUCAUCAGCAUAGCUCUAAAGGCCCAGAAUCUAUCAGGUACUGUGCCACCAGAAUUUUCUAAGCUUCAGCACCUGAAAGACUUAGACCUGAGUCGAAAUUACCUCAAUGGUUCUAUACCUUCCCAAUGGGGUACUAUGCGCUUGGUUACGCUCUCCCUUAUGGGAAACAGAUUGUCAGGUCCAUUUCCAAAAGUUCUCACCAAUAUCACCACUCUCAGAAACUUGAGCAUUGAAGGAAACCACUUUUCGGGACCCAUUCCACCAGAAAUUGGGAAGUUGAUAAAGUUAGAAAAGCUCGUUGUAUGUUCAAAUGCCUUCACUGGAGAAUUGCCAUUAGCACUAGCAAAGUUGACCAACUUGUCUGAUCUGAGGAUUUGUGACAAUAACUUCUCUGGAAAGAUACCUGAUUUCAUCGGAAAUUGGACACGGAUUUCAAAAUUGCUUAUCCAGGGUAGCUCUCUUGAGGGGCCUAUACCUUCUAGCAUAUCAGGCUUAACAAGUUUAACUGAUCUGAGGAUAACCGACUUGAGAGGUACAGAGUCUCCUUUCCCACCAUUGAGAAAUUUGGAAUCCUUGAAAAAACUGAUACUGAGGAAUUGCUUGAUAUACGGAGUGAUCCCAUCUUAUAUUGGGGAUAUGAAAAGAUUGAAAAACCUAGACCUCAGCUACAAUGAGCUGACCGGUGAAAUACCUGCAUCUUUUGUCCAACUAGCAAAAGUUGACUUCACGUAUUUGACAGGAAACCAGCUUACUGGAACUGUACCUGGAUGGGUCCCAGGAAGAAACAAUAUUGUGGAUUUAUCGUACAACAACUUCACUUGGGAAAGCUCAAGUCCUAAUGAAUGUCCUAGAGGGAGUGUAAACUUAGUAGAGAGUUACUCCUCGUCGGCUAAUAAAUCAAGUAGAAUCCAACCAUGCCUGGAAAGAAAUUUUCCAUGUCAUGUUUCGAAAAAUCAACGUAAAUAUUCCUUGCAUAUCAACUGUGGUGGAAAGGAAGUAAAUAUUGGUGGCAACAGGUAUGAAGCUGAUAGAGAACAAAGAGGUGCUUCCGUGUAUUACAUGGGUCAGAACUGGGCUCUCAGCAGCACAGGGAACUUCAUGGACAAUGAUAUUGAUUCAGAUAUCUACAUUGAAACCAACAAGUCUGCACUUUCAAAAAAUGUCUCUGUGCUUGAUUCAGAACUGUACAUGACCGCACGUGGAUCUCCCAUCUCUCUCACAUACUAUGGACUCUGUCUCAUAAAUGGAGACUACACUGUCAAACUCCACUUUGCUGAGAUUGUUUUUACUAAUGAUAGAACUUUUAACAGCCUCGGGAAGCGUAUAUUUGAUGUCUACAUCCAGGAUAAGCUGGUGCUGAAAGAUUUCAACAUAGAAAGUGAAGCUGGCGGUGCUGGCAAGCCCAUUGUAAAGAAUUUCACUGCAGUUGUUUCGAGUCAUACAUUAAAGAUCCAUUUUUACUGGGCUGGAAAAGGGACAACAGGCAUCCCAGACAGAGGAUUUUAUGGCCCUCUCAUAUCUGCUAUAUCAGUAGAUCCUAACUUCGAACCUCCCUCAGUUGAGGGCAACAAGAAUCACGUUGUUAUAGCAGUUGGGGACAGUGGCUGCAGCACUACUUCUUCUGCUUCUGAUCUUAGGCAUCUUGAGGAGAAAGGGUUGUUUGGGAGGAAAUAUCUCUGCAGAUAA